AGGUAGGAUGGCAGUGUUGCUGAGUUGGGGUGAGAACCUGAGCGCCUGGUUCUGGAAUCCGGAGGUCUGGCUCAUCAGGGGCUACACGUGGGACUCCCUCGCCCAGGCUGAGCAUUUUCAGUACCCCGUCUUCAGCGACCUGUGGACAUACCCUUUUGCCAUAGCCGCUGUCCUCCUUGUCCUCCGGUACUUCGUCCUCAACCCCUUCGUGUUCACCCCGACGGCCCUCGCUCUGGGCGUCUCCAACAACCAGCAGCGGCCGCCGCCUCCAAACCGAGUCCUUGAGGCAGUGUUCCGACGCCACAGGAAUCGCGCUCCGGCGGAGGUCAUAUCCAAGGCCGCGCGAGAGAGCGGCUUCGGCGAGCGCAAGGUCGAGAGGUGGCUGAGGCAGCGCGUCGUGUCUGCGAGGUCUACAGAUGUGGAGAAGUUUAACGACUGCGCAUGGCAGGCGCUGUACUACAGCCUGUACUGCGUGAUGGGGUUUGUGGUGCUUUGGGACAAGGCGUGGCUGUGGGACAUCAAGCACUGCUGGUACGACUACCCCGAGCAGAGCGUGGACAACGACAUUUGGUGGUACUACAUGACGGCACUCGGCUUCUACUGGUGCAUGACGCUCACGCACUUCAUCCAGCACCAAAGGAAGGACUCGCUGCAGAUGUUCAUCCACCACGUCCUCACCAUCAUGCUCAUCGUAUUCUCGUGGACGGUCAACUUCGUGCGUCUCGGCUCGCUCGUGCUGAUCGUCCACGAGUGCGCCGACAUCCCCAUGUUGCUCGCCAAGAUGAGCAAGCUGUUCGGGCGGCGGGACUUGAUGGACAAAUUCUUCGUGGUGUUCGUGCUGCUGUGGCUGAGCACAAGGACCGGACUCUUCCCUGUGUGGAUCCUCAACAACUCGCUCUUUGAGGCCCACGUGAUUCUCGAUGUGGAGCUCAUCCCCGUCUAUUACAUCUUCAACGGGAUGAUGCUCACGCUGUUCUUGAUCCACGUCGUUUGGACGUACCUCAUCCUCAGGAUUCUCGUCACGAAGCUCCUGGACCACAAAUUGGAGGACCUCCGCUCCUCCUCGGACGCCUCGGCUGACGAAGACGAGCGGGCCACCAAGAAGGGCCAGUAACCUCUGGGGUUUUAGUCAUAUUCUGCUGUUUUAUGCUUCUUUCACUCACGCUGGAACCAAAGAGAACCAAAGCAGUCACAUUCCACUGCGUAGUUGCGUAGUUAUUUGUGCCAUAUUGUUAGGUUAUCAGUCUACCAGUACCUAGGGGCUGUGAACAUAUUCUUAAUCUGGGAAAUGAUGUUCCCAACUUUGUGUGUGUGUCAUGUGAAGAGCAUUCAGCAAAUAAGCUAGUCCACAGGAAACCCCAAAGUAAUGUAAAAAGAAAGAUACAUUAGUGGUUCGGCUUCGCCAAAUGUGAGUUUUCAACUGUGGGAGAGAGCCUUAGAGCGAAUGUGCGUGGGUGAUGCCGUCUUGUGUGGUAUAUUUUUUUUUCGUGUUGGAAGGCUGUCAAAAUUAUACCCCCAUUCCACACGUCCGUUUAGCUCCCGUGCCCGUUUCGAUCAAGGGACGGGGGGGGGAGGGUCGGGAGGGGUCCCUAACGGAGUCUGAAUGGAACGCCAGUGGACGUUAAUGGAACUCCUUUGAACGGCAGGAACGAUUGGGACGUCUGAGUUCGGGCUGCAUGUUCAAAAUUUUAGCCAUUCCUCUCCCGUUCAAAGUGAAUGGUAAUGAAUCCUUAACACAUUGGGAAACGAAUUGACGGAUCGUUAACGGAACGUAAGCAACGAUAACGCAACGCUAACGGAUUGGUAGUGAACGGCUGCCAAAAUUCAUCCCGCCCUCAUACCGUUCCCAACCCUUCUCAUACCGAUCCUGCAAUGUCCUGAGCCGUUCCAAUGUCGAACGUCCAGGUAGCAUUCUGGUACCUUUGUAAUAGCGUCCUGACACUGUCCCAACCUGUACCAAUACCGUCCAAACCGUUCCAUUACCUUUCCCUGAACGUUCCGACCAUUGUUAUAAAAGCUCCAUUACCACUCAGUUCACAUUGCCUUUCAUUUUUUUGUUUUUGUUUUUGUUUUUUUAUCAAGCGCAAUAAUCUUAAAAAAAAAAGCCGUUCAAGAUUGGCAGGAACGCUUGAGAACGGGAGGUAGAAGGGAUGUGUGGAACGGGGGUAUUACCCUCCCCAUGCAUUUUUUCCCCCUCCUCUUUUAGCUUUCCGGUCAUGAGCAUUCCGUGCAUGAUCCGCCGCGGGUACUGUUGUGAGCCAUGAUUCUCCCGUGACUGGGGGCGGGGCCAGAUAUCUCCAAUCAUCGGAUGGCUUGUUAAUGAUAGGAUUGCUAGUGUGGAGAUGGGACUUUCGUUGUCACUUCUCUCCUUGUGUACUUUUACUUCUUUAUCAUCCUUGUUUUUCAUUCACUAUGGGAUGAUCAGUUAGUGAAAAAAAGGUAGCGAACAUGGUGGCAUGUUACUAUGGAACGAGAUAUGUUCUUGUGAGUUUUAACCAAUCUCCAGACCUUAGACCUUAUCUCUCUUAGCACCCUUCCCCCUCCCCCCCCAUCACUUGGUUGUCCUACACUUUUUUCGGUCACGGAGACCAUACACUAAACCAUUGCUAUUAGUAUUCUUCAAAUUAUCUUAGAAUACACUGCCAUCAUUGUAAGGGAAAGUGGAAGCACGUGAUAGAUGAUCCCACCUAAUAGUCGUUAAGGAUAGACCUCCUAUUUAGGCCUAUAAUUACGUUAAGUAGUGUAUUUGGUAGGUACACUAAAUACCGACAAUGAUCUUUGAUGCUUGAACGCCUGGAAAGGGUAAAUGAUCAGCCACUCGUCCAGUCAAUCAAUCAUUUAAUCAGACAUCAAUCAAACAAUCAGUCAGUCACUAGGGUCGGUCAGUCAGUCACUAGGGUCGGUCGGUCAGUAAGUCAGUCAGUCAGUCAACUGAAAAAUGGCUCACCACUGUAUGGCGGAGGCUAAAUCUUCCAGUCAUUAGAUUUUGUUUCCAGUCCGAAUGCAGAGGGAAAAUAGCACAAACUCAUAGCGUAUGUUAGAGUAAAUUUAUAUUGACUUUGGUUGGUAGUUACGCAUUGUGCAUUGUUAUGCCAUGUUAACAAAUUUAUAGAUUUUUUAUUAAUAAAGGAAGCUCUUUGUCUC